UGUUGGCCAAGUAUUUGUCGUAUCUCUCUAGACACUCGGUCAAGCGCCGUGGCCCAAGGGCGGCUGUUCCUAUCGCUCCUUCGCAAUGGUUGCAAGCGCGCGCUCUCCAUCGCCAGCAGGCGAAGAAUCAAAUCCCGACGAGCGUGAAGGGCGGCGGCGCCAUCAUCGCCUAUCAUUUCGGAAAGCCAGAGACGGCAUGAAGCGCGUCUUUCGGGGGAGCAGGUCUCAAACACGGCCUGUCCUCGAAUACUUCGAUGUCUGCCUGCGCCAGGAAGAUAUCGAUAAUUACAAAGACGAGAAUUGGCUACAGGAUUCAAACAUCGAAUUCUUCUACGAGUGGAUGGAACGAGAAAAGAUGCCAAAGAGCGAUCCGCAGCUGGUCUUCCUUGUGCGCCCCUCCAUCGGCUAUCUCGUCGCAUCCAUCGCUCAGCAAGGAGGAGUCGUCGAUGCGAGCCUAUUGCCUGAUGGAUUCCUGGAUGCCCGAUAUGUGUUUCUUCCCAUUACUGACAACAUUGAUCCUUCCAAAGCUGGUGGGUCCCACUGGUCGCUGCUGGUUGUCGGCGUGGACGAGAAGCUUGCUUGGUAUUAUGAUUCUCUCCCAACAUCAGGCAGUGACAAAAUGACAGACGCGCGUCACUAUCUACUCGCGAUGAGCCAAGUAUAUGGAACGACCUUCGAAGCUGUCGUCCAGAAAGCACCGAAGCAAGCAAAUGGGAGCGAUUGCGGCAUUCACGUAUGCAUGACAACAGAUGUUCUCCUCAGCAGGAUGCAACUUCUCACCUCCGACAGUCAUCGAGACAUGGACUUGUCAGUGUAUGGCAUUCAACAAGACGCCAAGGCUUAUCGCGAAUCUCUUUUGAAGCUCAUUUCUUCAAUGCUCGAGAUGAGGGGACCACGCAUCGGUUCACGCUUGGACGUAGCAAUUUCGCCGGAGCGGAGAUCACAAUCCCGGACGAGGCCCUCUUUGGACCAGAGGUUAAUGGACGGAGGCUCUCGGGUGCAUACUAUUGUCGAGGAGCAGGCAACCCACCUUUGAUGUUCAUGAAGGAUUACUGCCGUCGCAGUCCGCAAGACCUUGCUUCGUGCACAGUCUACUUAGUGUUCGAUGAAUCUCAUCGUCUAAAUGUGCACUUCUGGUCCAAGGGUGGCCAAUUGUAAAAUCAGUCUGAUGCACUUCUUUGCUGAAUGCGGCCAGUCUCUCGAAACAGUACAUUGAGGCGUGACUCCGACACGAGAGUAGACGCGACCGCUGAUAUUGAGA